UUCCUCAUAUAAUGGAGGAGGGAUGAACGGCACAAGCACCAUGAUGGAUUUCCUGGAGGAACCUCUUCCUGGUGUGGGCACCUACGAAGAUUUUAACACUAUAGACUGGGUGCGAGAGAAGUCCAGGGACCGGGACAGGCACAGGGAGAUCACCAGCAGAAGCAAGGAGUCCACCUGGGCACUGCUACACAGUGUGAGUGAUGCCUUCUCUGGCUGGUUGUUGAUGCUUCUCAUUGGGUUGUUGGCAGGUUCCUUGGCAGGUCUGAUUGACAUCUCUGCCCACUGGAUGACAGAUCUGAAGGAAGGAGUGUGUUUGGCAGGGUUCUGGUUCAACCAUGAGCACUGCUGCUGGAAAUCCAACACCACCUUCACCGACAGAGACAAGUGUCCUGAGUGGAAGAGCUGGUCCCAGCUGAUUCUUGGCCAGGGAGAGGGGGCAUUUGCAUAUAUUCUCAACUACUUAAUGUAUGUCGUCUGGGCCUUGUUGUUCUCCCUUCUUGCUGUGCUACUUGUGAAGGGGUUUGCUCCGUAUGCCUGUGGCUCAGGGAUCCCAGAGAUCAAAACUAUCUUAAGUGGUUUCAUCAUUAGAGGCUAUCUGGGCAAGUGGACGCUGGUCAUCAAAACCAUCACCCUAGUGCUGGCUGUGUCCUCGGGGCUGAGCCUGGGCAAGGAGGGGCCCCUGGUCCACGUCUCCUGCUGCUGUGGGAACAUCCUAUGCCAUCUCUUCACUAAGUACCGGAAGAACGAAGCAAAGCGCAGAGAGGUACUGUCAGCAGCUGCUGCGGCUGGUGUGUCGGUGGCUUUCGGUGCGCCAAUUGGAGGAGUGCUCUUCAGCCUUGAAGAGGUGAGUUACUACUUCCCUCUCAAGACACUCUGGCGUUCCUUCUUCGCUGCGCUGGUCGCUGCCUUCACCCUGCGCUCCAUCAACCCUUUUGGGAACAGCCGCCUUGUUCUCUUCUAUGUGGAAUUUCACAUGCCAUGGCAUUUGCUGGAGCUGGUGCCCUUCAUCCUGUUGGGAAUAUUUGGUGGACUCUGGGGAGCUUUCUUCAUUCGCAGCAACAUUGCCUGGUGCAGGCGGCGCAAGACGACCCGGCUGGGCAAAUACCCAGUGUUGGAGGUGUUGGUGGUGACAGCCAUCACAGCCGUGCUGGCCUUCCCCAACGAGUACACCAGAAUGAGCACCAGCGAGCUGAUUUCAGAGCUCUUCAAUGACUGUGGGAUUUUGGACUCGUCCAAGCUCUGCGAGUACGUGAAUGAUUUCAACAGCACCAAGGGGGAUGAUCUGCCAGACCGUGCUGCUGGCCCAGGCGUGUACACUGCCAUGUGGCAGUUGGCAUUAGCCCUUAUCAUGAAAGUCUUCAUCACCAUCUUCACCUUUGGCAUGAAGGUCCCCUCAGGUCUCUUCAUCCCCAGCAUGGCAGUGGGUGCCAUUGCAGGCCGACUGCUUGGGGUGGCCAUGGAGCAGCUGGCCUUUUACCACCACGACUGGGCCAUCUUCAGUGGCUGGUGCAGCCAAGGAGCCGACUGCAUCACACCUGGCCUCUAUGCCAUGGUGGGCGCCGCGGCAUGUCUGGGUGGAGUGACACGAAUGACUGUUUCUCUGGUGGUCAUUAUGUUCGAGCUCACUGGGGGACUGGAGUACAUUGUGCCUCUGAUGGCAGCAGCCAUGACCAGCAAGUGGGUAGCUGAUGCCAUCGGGCGUGAAGGGAUUUAUGACGCGCACAUCCGCCUCAAUGGAUACCCCUUCCUGGAAGCCAAGGAGGAGUUCUCCCACAAGACGCUGGCGAUGGAUGUCAUGAGGCCGCGAAGGAGCGACCCUCCUCUGACAGUCAUCACUCAGGACAGCAUGACUGUGGAGGACGUGGAGACCAUCAUCAAUGAAACCACGUACAGUGGCUAUCCCGUGGUGGUGUCUCGGGAGUCCCAACGCCUCGUUGGGUUUGUCCUCAGGAGAGACCUCAUCAUUUCAAUCGAAAACGCCCGGAAGCAGGAUGGGAUCGUGAGCACUUCAGUUAUUUAUUUCACUGACCACUCUCCCCCACUGCCUCCGAGCUCCCCCUCCAUGCUGAAACUCAGGAGCAUCCUGGACCUCAGUCCCUUCACAGUGACGGACCAAACACCCAUGGAAAUUGUUGUGGAUAUAUUCCGCAAGCUGGGAUUGCGCCAGUGCCUGGUCACUCACAACGGGAAGCUGCUGGGGAUCAUUACCAAAAAGGAUGUACUAAAGCACAUUGCACAGAUGGCCAACCAGGACCCGGAUUCCAUCCUCUUCAAUUAGAGACAGACUGUAGAGAUUGUAUGUCCAUACACAGAACUUUCUAGCCCAUCCUGGAUAGACUUUCCUAUUUUUAUUGAGACCAUGGAACUGUUUUCAGCAUUUUCCUCUAUGGAGCUGAAGAAGAUACCUUUUUUCUACCAGAUAACCAAUUGCACUACAUAAUCUGUGGAACAUGAUCUUCUUUUUAGAAGGAAAAAAAGACUUUUAUUUACAUUGCUUUUGUGAAGUCGCAUUGGAAAGAUUCCAUGAAGGAGUAAAAGCAAAAUGUUAGAGAA